CACGACAACAAACGACAUACGCACAAACUAGUUGUGGCCUUUGAGUCAAUAGACGAGCCAAAGCUGUUGUCGUUGGUGGCAGUUGUAGGCUGGAUUCGUCGCUCCAUACGAAAAUGAAAAUCACAUGUUAUGCAUAUGCCGCCUUCAUUCCCCUUUUGAACUCGCCCCUCGCAUCACUCAUUCAAUCUUUUCCUUUUUACUUACUACCAUUUUCGGUAAAGAAUCUACAGCUCUACUUAAUCAUCUAAUCUUUUUCCUCUUUGUAAGGUUAUAUUCAACAAUCCUUCUUUCCCCCAUAAGAAUUGGUUGCCCAAGUUUUGAUUUUGAUAACAGCAUGCGCCACUGCAUAUCCAAGUUUGUUAAAUGGCAUCCGCCUCUCAGGAAUUUCAGCUCUGUGAACAGCACCAUCAUGCCUCACGUUCUGCAAAAUAACAAUGAUGGAAUAACUUCAACAAGUGAAAAUAAUGAUGUUACCGCUUCAAAGAUGUAUGAUCCUACAUGUAAAAAGUUUCCUGCGGAUGAACCUCUUUCCAACAUGCUCGUUGAUUCAUUUGGGAGGCAACAUACUUAUCUGAGAAUCUCAUUGACAGAGCGUUGUAAUUUGCGAUGCCUGUACUGUAUGCCUGCUGAAGGCACGGAGCUAACUCCGAGCCCUCAACUUCUUUCACAGAACGAGAUUGUUCGCCUAGCAAGUUUAUUUGUCAGUUCAGGUGUUAAUAAAAUCCGUCUGACUGGUGGGGAGCCCACGGUUAGGAAGGACAUUGAUGAUAUUUGCCUACAGCUCUCACACUUGAAAGGGCUAAAAACACUUGCUAUGACAACUAAUGGAAUCACCCUGGCAAAUAAACUUCCAAGAUUAAAGGAAUGCGGGCUUACUUUGCUAAACAUAAGUCUAGACACAUUGGUUCCAGCAAAGUUUGAAUUUAUGACUCGGCGGAGAGGACAUGAAAGAGUGUUGAACUCCAUCAAUGCUGCUAUAGAGUUGGGAUAUAGUCCUGUCAAAGUAAACUGUGUCGUAAUGCGUGGUUUCAACGAUGAUGAAAUAUGUGAUUUUGUUGAAUUGACUCGUGAAAAGCCAAUUAACGUAAGGUUUAUCGAGUUCAUGCCUUUUGAUGGGAAUGUCUGGAAUUCAAAAAAACUAGUACCUUACUCUGAGAUGAUGGAUAUUUUGGUAAGGUCAGGCAAAGUACUCCAGAGAAUUCAGGAUCACCGCACUGAGACAGCCAAGAAUUUCAGGAUUGAUGGGCAUCAGGGUACAGUUUCUUUCAUUACAUCAAUGACUGAGCAUUUUUGUGCCGGUUGCAACAGACUGAGACUUUUAGCUGACGGGAACUUUAAAGUUUGCCUCUUUGGUCCGUCGGAGGUUAGCUUGAGGGACCCCCUGCGGAAUGGUGCUGAUGAUACUGAACUUGAGGCGAUUAUUGAAGCAGCGAUAAAAAGAAAGAAAGCAGCUCAUGCUGGGAUGUUCGACCUUGCAAAGACUCCAAACAGACCAAUGAUACACAUUGGCGGCUAGAAAUCAUCAGGCCAUAUGCAUUAUUCUGUACUCCAUACCUUGUAAGUGCUCCUUUAAUAUUCCAAUCAACUCAUAAUGUUUAGUUUCUAAUUUCUAUAGUUUCAAAUUGUGUGGUUUAAACUCAAGAAAAUUGCUGAGUAUGCAUGUAAGACAUCGCGACAAUGAUUCUACAUAUCAGAGGAUGAGUUAAAAACUCAUUAAAUUCUGUCGUAGGACUAUCAAAUGUACUUGUUUCUCAUGGAUUUA